AUGAAGUUCGUUGCAGGAGGUGCCCCAGCACCAGCUCCAACUCCAAGCGGAUACAAGAAGACGGUAAUAUUCAUUAAGAAGGACACUAAUCAGGGCCAGAAUCUCUUCAUCCGUGGCGGUGUCAGUCAUGCUAACAAAGACGUCUGCUCCCCUGGUCCCUACCAACAGGGCACUGAUUCGUGCGCUGUUCCUAUUGUGCACAACACGACUGUACCAUUCGUCUAUGCCGAGUAUCUAUCAUGGAGUCAAGGCGAUCAGUACCUCGAUUUCGAGGGGGCUGAAGAACGACAAGGAACCCACGAUGGCGAUGUACCCUUUGGAACUCCACUGGCCUAUUCAACAAACGACAAAACUGCGGUGGAAUAUCAACCUUAUAACAAAUACGGAGCUGGUUACUGGAUGGUGCAAUUACUUGUCGAUUGCAAUAAGGCCGAUCAGGGCUGGUUUGAGCUGAAGGGAUACCUUUCGCCAUCAGUUGGUUGGGAACAAGACAUCAGUCAGAAGACGUGCACCGGUGCAGUAGGUGGAACCGCUCCAUUCUCAUCGAAAAAUCAUAUUGCCAAAUGUGGCGCUGUAAAUGUGUUUACAUGGGGUGCUAAUGAUUGUAAAAUAGAUUCUGUUUAA